AUGGCUAGCCUUCAAUAUAACUUCUUCCCUACUGAUUUCUUCUACCCUCGUCCGCAAUAUGUGAAAGUAGACACCACCACCACACCGAAAACGACUACUCUUCCCUUGCAAAUUCAAAAGGUAGAAGUCAUAAUCACCGAUGAUCUUAAGAACAAACGCCACCCUACGAGCUUAGUUCUACACAACAAAAAGCAUGGUAGCAAAAUCAAUACUCCCAUUAACAAGAGCACUGCAUAA